AUGGGAGACCUGGAGUGUGGCUUUGAGGAAAUGCAAGGAGUUAGAUUGGGAUACCUGCUUAUCCAAGGCAAGCAGAUGUUCGCCUUGUCUCAGGUCUUCACCGAGCUGCUCAAGAACAUUCCACGCACCACCGUGCACAAGCGCAUGGACCACCUGAACGUCAAGAAGCACCACUGUGACCUGGACGAGCUGCGCAAACUCAAAGCAAUAAACUCCAUAGCUUUCCACGCAGCCAAGUGCACGCUGAUAUCACGCGAGGACGUGGAGGCGCUUUAUUUCUCCUGCAAGACGGAGCGAGUGUUGAAGUCCGGCAACAACAAAAGGAAAGCCACGUCGUGCAUUGGGGACGGUUUGGUGUCUGCGGGGAUCCUAGACGCCGAGCUUUGGCAGAAAAAAGUUUGGUUUAGUUUGCACGGCGUGCAAGACAAAGCGGGCCGGCGAGCGCCUUGCGAGUCCAAACUACCUCACUUUUACCACAGAAGCCACGGACGAGAUUACCGAUCGGCCGUGAAGGCAACUCACAGACACUUUAAAAACUAUGAAACAGCCAAGUUUCAAGGGAAUCGAGUGACUUUAAGCCAGAGGCACGCGUUUUUUCGGGGCGCUCCCGUGGCGGCGCUCCAGUCUGCCGUGGCUGCAGCCGACCUUCAUCACAAAAGGAAGAGGAGGCGCGAGGGGGGCGGCCUAAAACACCCCUGGAAGAGCAGACACCACCCGCAAAUCCCGCCGGUACUCUUCGUGCAACCCAAAUCCAGCAUUACGCACCGUGCUGCGUUUGAUGCUUUCCAACUAAACCGGGAUUUCUACCUUCACCCUCAUCACUUCGAAGCGGGCUUCGACAGCAGCGACACCGAAUCUAGCACCUACUCAGAACGGGCCUACCCCGACUCGGAUUUCGGAUCCGGCUUCUCCACCAGCAGCAGCUCCGAGGACGAUGACACUCAGUCUGAGAGUACUGAAAUCAGCUCGGAUGAAGAAGAGGAAGAAAGCUCCUCUCAUUCGGACUCCAGCUCGGUUUCCAGCCGGGUUUCGGUCCAGAGCAUCCGCUUUAGGCGGGCCCGGGUAGGGACCCUCGCCAAAACUCUUAACCCUAUAAAGGCACCUCUGGUUCUGCAGCCCACUUUUCACUAUAACCAGCAUGAAAACUCAGCUCAGAGCCAAGAUGAACAUGAAAAAUGUGAAUUUACGAAUAACUCUGGAUCAAAAUUCCUCUCAGAUGUUUUCAAAUGUGACAAGGAAAGUCCAAACACUGACUCGGUGCUUGAGCCUCCGAAAUGCACCGGACAAAGGCUCCCCACGCCGCUUAAGAAAAUCAAGACCGAAAUCGAAGAGCUUUGCGUGACGGCGUCUCCUCAUCCAUCGCUGGAGCCUCUCCACAAAGUGAAAUUAAAAGUGGAAGACUGUUGCGAUGAAUUUGAAUACCAAAACGUCAAAUCGAUCAACACUGACCAAUAUUCCAGCAGCGCGGACGCACAAAGGGAUGUGAAAUCCGCCGAGAAUGCGUCCCACGGAUUUUUGGAGCAACUCGAGGAGAAGGAGACCAGGAGUAAAAAGUGCGGGGCUUCAGAGAGAUCCAGGCUUUCCAGGGCGCAAUCAAAACAAGCCAGGGUCACCAGGGCUGCCUCCUCCUCCUCCUCCACGUCCUCCUCCUCCUCUUCCUCCUCCUCUCACCCCCUCGAGGAAGCCUCGGCGGAGAAUUUCCCGAGCCGCCGUAAAUGCAGCAGGGCGAACACUUCCACGCGGAGAGCCAAAAUGCCUUUCAGCCUUAUGGCAAAUUUCCCAUUUUCGCCGUCGCUGGUGGUUGGCAACGACGGGGAUCUUUGCCCCGCUUACUCCCUGAACUCUCGGAGGGGUCCCGGGCCUCCCCCUCCGUCUCACCCUGUGUGGAGUUGGCAGCCAGGCGGACACAUUUUCCCUCCCCCACACGCUCACAGGACCGGGAAAUAG